AUGUCCGAAGAAGAUAAACUGUCAGGACAUCAUCGCCACCAUCAUCAUCACAGCCAUCAUGGGCACCAUGGUCAUGAUCGGAAGCAGCAACAACAACAGCAAUUUCCACCCCAGGGCUCGACCCCUAGUUCGGCAAACAGAAUCGGAAAAUACCAAAUCAUCAAGACUUUGGGUGAAGGUUCGUUCGGUAAGGUCAAGUUGGCAGAGCACUCCACCACAGGCCAAAGAGUGGCUCUUAAAAUCAUCAAUAGAAAGACUUUGGCCAAGUCGGAUAUGCAAGGUCGUGUUGAAAGAGAGAUUUCAUACUUGCGCUUGUUAAGACACCCCCAUAUCAUCAAGCUUUACGAUGUGAUCAAGUCGAAGGACGAAAUCAUCAUGGUUAUUGAGUAUGCGGGCAAGGAGUUGUUCGACUACAUCGUUCAGAGGGGUAGAAUGCCGGAGGACGAAGCAAGAAGAUUCUUCCAGCAGAUCAUUGCAGCAGUGGAGUACUGCCAUAGACACAAAAUCGUUCACCGUGAUUUGAAGCCCGAAAACUUGUUGUUGGACGAUCACCUUAAUGUGAAAAUUGCAGACUUUGGUUUGUCGAACAUCAUGACCGAUGGUAACUUCUUGAAGACAAGCUGUGGUUCUCCUAACUAUGCAGCUCCUGAGGUUAUUUCCGGUAAAUUGUACGCCGGUCCAGAGGUUGAUGUCUGGUCCUCCGGUGUUAUUUUGUACGUCAUGUUGUGUGGUAGGUUGCCAUUCGAUGACGAGUUCAUUCCAGCAUUAUUCAAGAAAAUUAGCAAUGGUGUGUACACCUUGCCCAACUACUUGUCAGAGGGUGCUAAGAAAAUCUUGACAAAGAUGUUGGUCGUCAAUCCCCUUAACCGUGUCACCAUCCACGAGAUCAUGGAAGACUCAUGGUUCAAGGAAGGUAUAGAGGAUUACUUGUUACCUCCAGACUUGUCCAAGACCAUCCAUAAUAAGAUUGAUAUCGAUGAGGAUGUUAUCAAUGCCUUGAGUGUGACGAUGGGUUACGACAGAGAUGAGAUUUUGAACACAAUCAACUCAUGCAACAAACAACAAUACCCACAACAGCAACAGAAUGAGAUACUUGACGCCUACUUGUUAAUGAAAGAGAACCACUCUCUCGUGAAGGACUUGAAGAAGAACAAGACUGAACAUAUGGACAACUUUUUGUCUUCAAGCCCUCCUCCCUCAUGGUCUUCACCACAAGGCGAAGAAGCAACCGCCACGCAUAGAGCCCCUGGUGUUCUGCAAUCCCUCACAUAUCAAACCUUGGCAACAGUUCCGGACUUAUCGACGUUGCCAAACUCUACGAUUGCCAUUCUUCCUUCUUCGUUGCCCUCGAUCCAUCGCGCCUCAAUGAUGAACGUCUCGGAGCAGGGUUCGAGCAAGAUCAACCCCGUUUCUUCAAAGAAGCUGAAGACAAAAUGGCAUUUCGGCAUACGGUCCAGGUCGUAUCCUUUGGACGUCAUGGGCGAGAUUUAUAGAGCAUUGAAGAACUUGGGAGCCGAAUGGGCAAAGCCAACUGAAGAAGAGUUAUGGACUAUUAGAGUGCGCUGGAAGUACGGGCCUUGCUUGGUUGAUGAGACGGUCAAGGAGGGCGAGUCAGUCCCACCUGCUUUAAUGAAGAUGCAGAUUCAAUUGUUCCAAUUGGAGCCUAAUAACUAUCUUGUUGACUUUAAGUUCGAUGGAUGGGAGAGCAGCACUACCCAAGAUGGCAAACAAUCGGGUAAGCAAGAUGUUGACGAAAUGAGCUCCUUCUCUGCCUACCCAUUUUUGCAUUUGGCUACGAGAUUAAUCAUGGAGUUGGCGGUCAACUCGACUCAGGCACAAUAA